AUGUCUGGACGAAGUGGCCGUGAGCAGAAUGUCAGGAAUACGAACAGCUCUUGUUUAUGCGGGGAUGACAGGUGCCGUACCUGGUAUGACAGGUGUCGUGCCUGGGAUGACAGGUGUCGUGCCUGGGAUGACAGGUGUCGUGCCUGGGAUCACAGGUGCUGUACCUGGGAUGACAGGUGCUGUGCCUGGGAUGACAGGUGCCGUACCUGGGAUGACAGGUGCCGUGCCUGGGAUGACAGGUGCCUGCCUGGAAUGACAAGUACCCUGCCUGGGAUGACAGGUGCCGUACCUGGGAUGACAAGUACCGUGCCUCAACAAGACUGGAGAAAGUGACACAAACAGAACAACUAAAGGACACACACGAACUUUGAAAAGUGUGUCCCACGUAACGAUGUUUGCUAGGUCCUUGAUCGGGAAACGAAUAGAUGAUAUUGAUAAGGAAAGGCCGACAUUUAAGAGUCAAGGUAAGUAUCUGUUAUAGCCUGUAUUAAUUCUAUAAUAAUGUUAAAGAUGUUUUAUUCAAAACACUUACUCCCCCAAGAUAGGCCACCCUCUGUUAUAUCUAAACACAAAAAAAUAGCUAAAUAUUGUCAUUCAAGACAUUUACUUAUUUACUCAGUACUAUAUCUGUAAACACGAUUAUGUGCAAGAAAGAUGAAACAUAUCUGCUAGGCGA